CGCCGUGCCCACGUGCCAAGCGGUGCUGCCGCUCGGCCUUGCCAUGGCCCGCCGCUGGCUGCUGCUGGUCAGCCUCGCAGCGGGGCUGCUGGCCGCCGCUGCCGGCAAGCGUGUGCCCUGGUGGAGCAUCCGGAUCGCCCAGCAGCAGGGACCGCACGCCUGCGUCGUGGAGCAGGUGCCCGGCACCUACAUGGAGCUCUGGACGGAGUGCCGCUACUGGAUGCACCGCAAAAUAUGCGGCCAAAAGACGCUGAUUCGUUACGAGUGUUGCGAGGGGUACCAACAGCUUGGGGAGGACAGCGGUUGUACCGCCGUCAAACCUCUCAAGAAUUUAUUGGAAACGGCAGAAGACCUUGGAGCCGGCCGGUUCGUUGCUGCGAUCCGAGGCUCAGGUCUGGCGGAGGAGCUAGGAAAGGGCGGCACGUUCACUUUGUUCGCGCCGACCGACAGUGCGUUUGAGCGGAUGCCGGCCAGUUUGCGGGAGGCCCUGCAGGCGGGCGGCGCCGGCAACGCGGUGCUGCUGUACCAUCUGCUGGACGGCAAGCUGACCUCGAGGGAGAUGCGGGCUGACCAGCUGGUGCCCACCAGGAGCGCAGGCCAUAGAAUCCGGCUCAACAAGUACUCCAACCAGAUCAGGACUGCCAACUGUCGCCUGCUGAUGAGGAAGGACCAGAAGGCCACCAACGGCAUCGUGCACGUGAUUGACGGCGUGCUGGACCCCAGCAGCAUCAGCAACGCCUCAGUGGUGGACCUGGUGAUGCAGGACGGUCGAUUCACCAUGCUGACAGAAGCACUGCAGAGGUCCGGGUAUCUGCGGGAGCUGCGAGACCUGCCGCGGGCCAUCUCGAUCCUGGCGCCAUCUGACGAGGCAUUUCAGAAGCUGCCCGCGCGCCGGCGAGAGAAAAUUAUGCGCGACGCCGGCGCUGUGCGAGCGCUGCUACAGAAUCACGUAAUGCCCCACCCGAUCUGCAAAUCAGCAAUAUUGAGUGAGCACAAGAUGAAGUCCAUGGCGGGAAACAAGCUAACAUUUCAGUGUGACAGGGACUCGGUAUUCGUGGACCGGUCGGAGGCCAGGAGUGACGAGCUGAUGGCCGAGGACGGCGUCAUCCACCUACUGGACGACGUCAUCAUACCGGACAGAGCCAAGAGCCUGCUGGAGCUGGCGGAGCAGCAGCAGCUGGACACGUUCCUCAGCCUGGUGGAGGUGGCCGGCCUGCGCGACACCCUGCGGGACGGCGGCGACUUCACACUCUUCGUGCCGGACGAGAAGGCCUUUAGAGCGAUGCCGGAGCGGCUGAGAGAGGCUGCCAGAUCGGACGCCAGUGCUGCCAGACGGCUUCUGCUGUUCCACGGCGCCGAGGGUCGUCACCUCUCCAAGGACAUCGCCGACGGCCAGGUGGUGACGUCACUGGACAGGCAGAGCGCGUUGCGGCUGCAGGUUCACCGGAGCGCGCUGGGCGUGGAGGACGCCAUGGUCCGGCAGGCCGACCUGGAGGGCCAGAACGGCGUGCUGCACGUCAUCGAUCGCGUGCUGCAGCCGGUCAGCGAGAGCGCCGGCGACAUCCUGCGCCAGCGGGGCGGCUUCAGCACGUUCCUGCAGGCGAUGGAGAAGGUGAUGAUGACCAACGCCAGUGACCUGGCGCUCCAUAACCAGGGAGCCUGCACCUUCUUCGUACCUAACGACGAGGCAUUCAAGGAGCUGGGACUGGCCAAAACGGACAUGCUGAUGGGUGAUGCGCAAAUGCUUGCACAGACGGUGAAGCACCACAUCACGGACCGGAUGCUGCCGGCCGGCUCCUUCAAGCCCAAGCUGACGUACCACGUGGCCACCAAGCAGGGUACCGUGGACGUGCAGAAGGCAGGCGGUCAGCUCACGGUGGACAACGCACGCAUCCUGAAAAGGGACAUCCUGAACACGAAUGGUAUCAUUCACGUGAUCGACAAGGUGCUGCUGCCAUCUAGCGUCGUGGAAUCGACGUUUAAGUCUCAGAGUGCGACUCGCCGGCGUGCCAACAGUAGACACACCAACCACGCAACCAGCACCAGCUACUCGCGACGAGUGACGACCUCGUCAUUCCGGUCGGAGAGGCGGCGUCACCGCUCGAGGCGGCCCGGCGCCUCCCGCUCGCGCCACUCCCAGACGUCGCGCCGAGCACAGACUUCUGGAUGAGCGCCGGCCCGCGCGACCACAGCGCUCCUUGCGACCACGGCGACCCAUGCGGCCACGGCGACCCAUGCGACCACAACGGCCCGAGCGACCACAGCGGCCCGUGCGAGCACAACCGCCCGCGUGACCACAGAGGCCAGUGCGACCACAGCGACCCGUGCGACCACAGCGGCCUCUGCGACUACGGCUACCCACGCCACCGUAUCCACGAUGGCGUGGGAAGCCGCACGUGACCACGAUCCGUGCGACCACAGCGGCCCGAGCGGCCACAGCGGCCGGUGCCGGGCGAACUGGAAUGACGUAGCGUUUCCGCUGCCGUGAGCGGGGUCGAUGCAGAGACCAGCCGUCGCACGGAGUGGCAAGUUCCUCUCCCGAUGAGCCAGGCGCCGAGUGGGGCGUCGCAUACUGCCACCCCGGCCACAUACUGCCACGUGUGACUGUAGGGAGGUCAGAGGUUUGCCUGACACUAACGCUUGGGAUGUUUGCCUGUUUUGCUUUGUACAUAUUACCCGCGCGCCAUAUGAGGAUCUGGUAGAUUCUUCAGUCUGAUUUCGACGAUGCGUGAUCACUGUUGGGGGAAAACCCUCGUAUGCCGAGCAGCCACAGG